AUGGUUGGCCCCGGCGAAGACGAGGCGCCAAAGCCCACAACCCAUGAUGAGAUGGAUGCAGCAGCAACAACAGAAAGAGAAAUAGAAACAGCAACAGCAACGGCCCCAAUCGUGGCAGCACCGCAGCACGCGCCGAUAAAGGGACCGGGGGCCCAGUCGACGGCAUCGGCGCCGCUACAGGCGAAGCCGACGACGGCGAUAUCGUCGAUCGACAUCCAGACGCUCUCCUUUCCGGACGGCUCGCGGGGGACGUUUACGACGACACCGUCGGCACCGUCGCCGCCAACGCUGCGACCGACGACCGCGGUGUCGACGGACGUGAUGAGCAUUGCCAGCUGUGCGCCGACGAUGCGGGCGCCAGGCGACCUGGCCAGUCUGGCGACGUACACGAACGCGUCGCAGCGCCGAAGUCGGGCCUGGUCGCUGCUGCGGACGCAGGCGGCGAGCGUGCAGCCAUUUGAGAGCACGCGGACGGGGCGGGUGCCGUACGCGCUGUCAGCGUUUGCGCGCGAGUUCAGCGACGUGCGUGGCGCCACCCACAACGAGGAUGAGGACGCAGGCGAGACGGACGAGGUACGGCUGGCGCGCUGGCGGGCAAAACUCAAACACUACAUGAUCCUGUCGUCGGCCGGAAAGCCGAUCUGGAGCCGCCAUGGCGAUCUCGGCCUGGUCAACUCGUACAUGGGUGUGGCACAGACGAUCCUCUCCUUCUUCGAGCGCGCCGAGAACCCGCUGCAGGGCUUCACGGCUGGGUCUGCUCGCUUUGUCAUCGUCACCGAAGGCCCGCUCUAUCUCGUCGCCGUCAGUCGGCUUGGCGAGUCGGACGGACAGCUGCGCGAUCAGCUGCGUGCUCUCUACAUGCAGAUCCUCUCGACCCUCACGCUGCCGACGCUCACCAGCAUCUUUGCCCACAGGCCCUCAACCGACCUGCGCAAGCCGCUGCAGGGUACCGAGGGUCUGCUCGCCUCGCUUGCCGACUGCUUCACCAAGGGCUCGCCGUCCGCCCUUCUCGGCGCCCUCGAGUGCCUUCGCCUCCGCAAGGCCCAGCGCCAGGCCAUCACCUCCGCCUUUCUCCGCCAGAAGACCGCAUCGCUGCUCUACGGCCUCAUCGUUGCCGGCGGCCGCCUCGUCAGCGUCAUCCGCCCCCGCAAGCAUUCUCUCCACCCCAGCGACCUGCAGCUCAUCUUCAACAUGCUCUUCGAGUCCGGUAGUGUCAAGGCCGGCGGCGGUGAAAGCUGGAUCCCCCUCUGUCUGCCCGCCUUUAAUAGCACCGGCUACCUCUACAUGUAUGUGAGCUUCUUCGAUCCUGACGCCGAAGAUCCGGAAAGUCCAGCCACCACCACCACCACCAACAGCACUACUCCCUCCUCUGCUUCUCGGCCCCCUGACGAUGAGGCCAUCGCUAUCAUCCUCAUCAGUCCCGACAAGGAGAGCUUCUUCGAUCUGCAGGAGAUGCGCGAAAAGGUCGCCCAGAGCCUCGCCCGGAACGGCAGCCUCGCCAUCAUUCGCGCAGCCGUUGCCGCUGGCCGGCCACAGGUCGCCGACCUCGUCCGCCGCCCUGGCGCCGCUGUGCAGAUCAGUCACUUUCUUUACAAGUCACGUGCCAACGUCCAGUUUGCCAUGUCGUCGCUGACGCCCGAGUUUGGCGGCGCAGACGAGAACCGCCGCCUCGAAUCCCGUCGUCGUCUUAUGACGCUCUACCACCAGUUGCAUGCCGCCGUGCAUGCCCGCAACUCCCAUCUCAAGGUGCUUCACUGCAUCGGCGAAGACGCCACGAGCCUCGGCUGGGUCACGCCUGUCUUUGAGUUUUACUGCGUCGCCGGCCCGAACGCGUCUCGCAGCGUCGUCACCCAGGACGCCAACCGCAUCGUCCAAUGGGCCAAGCGCGAGGAAGAGCGACUGUUCAUCACCGGUGGCGGCGGCUUCUAG